AUGUCAACAAAAAAAUCGUCCUGUUCAGCGUCGUCAGUCGGCAAGCAAAGUUUCUGGGAGAGACACGAGUACAAGUUCUACAAAUAUGGACAUAUCUAUGCGAAUAUCUAUGGCCAGGUGAUGAUCGAUUAUAUGCCACAGGAGCCGUUGCAAGCACCGUUAAAGACGCUACUCAUCGUUUACAGUCACGCCUUCAGUCUGAUGCUGAUUGUCGUCGUGCCGUGUUAUUUUGGCUAUAACUAUCGCGAAUUAAUGGCCACAAUUGAUCAACGAAUGCAGCUAGUGCUCUAUGUAUCAUUUGCCAAUACGCUGAUCAAAUAUGCCACAGUUAUUGUCACAUACAUGGCCAACACAUUUCACUUUAAGGCCAUCAAUCAUCGGUGCACGUUGAAGCGAGCUCGUUUGGAAGCGAACUUCACUGCCAAUUAUCGUGGUCCGCGUGGGCCAAAGAAACGUUUCGAGUUGUUCAUGUACUACAAAUUUGUGCUGAUCAACAUCAUGAUGAUCAUUCAGGUGUGUGGCAUAUUCGCUGUCGACACGGAUGCCGAUGAAAAUGCCGCCAAAUUGCGAAUGCAAUUCGCCAUCUAUUCGUUUGUGCUGUGGAACUAUACGGAAAACAUGGCCGACUUUUUCUAUUACAUUAACAGCAGUGUGCUCAAGUAUCUGCGGCAGUUGCAUCAACAAUUGCACUCACUUUUGCGGCAAGUUCGACGACUAACCAAUGUGCCACGACGUGGGCGUGGGCGUGGGCGUGGCCGUGGCAUGUCCAUGGUCAACUGUUGCCGGCUCUGUGAUCGAUUGAGUUUGUUGCGCAAAUGCUUUGCGGAAAUUCACGAUUUGUAUGUCGAGAGUUUUCGGAUGCAUCAGUGGCAGUUGCUUGGCCUCAUGUUGACCACGUUGAUCAACAAUUUGACCAACUUCUUUACCAUCUUUAAUCUGCUGGCCACACAUUCCCUGGCCAAUGUCUCGUAUCCGAUUGUGGUCAGUGUCGUCUACGCUCUGGCCUUCUAUUUGGACACCUAUAUAGUGACUCUGGUCAAUGAACAAAUCAAACUGGAAUUGUACAAUCUGGCACUGAAAAUGCGACAAUUCUACAGUUACCCCUCGCUGCAACCGCCCAGUCUGGACCAAGAGUUGGAACACUUUUCGUUGCAACUGUUGCAAUAUCGUCAGCCCAUGUUAUGCGGCCUGUUACAUUUGGAUCGUCGUCUCAUCUUUUUAAUCUCUGUGACAGCAUUCUCCUACUUUAUAACUUUGGUGCAAUUCGAUUUUUAUCUGCGCACCACACGCUAGUGACUAAGCUCG